GAACACCUUCGUCUUGCUGUUCCUCCCCUUCUCUGCGACUCUGCCCACCGACGGAGGGCCGGCUAUGGCCAUGGCGGCCUCCCCAUUCCUCUUCCUCCCACCUCUAUUCCCCAAGCCCGCCAUCCUCGCCGCACCCAUCCACUGCAGUAUCCUCCGAGGCCGCCAUAUUCGCUGCUCCCCCAACGGCGCCGCCGUACCGGAAUCCCCAGAACCCGCCCCGCGCCGCGGGCGCAGGAAGUCCCCAUCCCCGUCGCCGGGGAAGGCGAAGGCGACGAGGCGCAGGACCAAGAAGGAUACACAAGAUUCUGAUUCGGAGGGCGAGGAGGAGCUGCCGAAGCGGGCGGGCCGUCGGACUAGGAAAUCGAAGCAAGGGGCCAAGGAGGAGGAGGAGGAGGUCCGGGCCGGGAGCCCCGGAAAGGGGGAUACGAAUAGUGAGGCCUCGGAUGGGGAGGCCGAGGCGGUAGUGAGCGAUUCCGAAGACGGGGAGGAUUUGCCGUACGACUGGCCGCCGCUGGUGUGCUGCUUCGGGGCGCCGCGGUGGGAGUUCGUCCCGACGGUGCGGGUGUCGGACCGGCAGAUGCACCCUGACAUAUACUCCACGUGGCUGCAUCUGCAGUGGGAGCCUCCGGAGUUCGCGCGCGCGCCGGGGAGCGCGGCGAGCAACGUGGCCAUUGCUCUCACCCGGCUCGGCGGCCGCGCCGCGGUGCUCGGCAAGGUCGGUGACGAUGACUUCGGCCGCGAGCUUGUGUACCGUAUGAACUCCGAGCGUGUGCAGACACGGGCCAUCAGGUUCGACGACGACGCGGCCACGGCCACUGCGCGCAUGAAAGUCGUGUUCCGGGACCGUGGGGACGGCAGCGGCGGAACGAAACUUGUGGCCGAGACGGUGAAGAGUUCUGCCGAGGAUUCCCUCAGCAAGGCCGAGAUCAAUGUGGAUGUUUUGAAAGAGGCUAGAGUGUUUCAUUUCAACUCAGAGGUCCUAUUAACUCCCUCAAUGCAAAGCACACUCUUCAGAGCAAUUGAGCUGUCCAAGAAAUUCGGAAGUAAAAUAUUCUUUGAUCUCAACUUGCCAUUACCCUUGUGGAGGUCAAGGGAUGAAACAAAGGAAUUGAUAAACAAGGCAUGGAAUGAGGCUGAUAUUAUAGAGGUGUCAAGGGAUGAGCUGGAAUUCCUCCUUGAUCAUGAGUACUAUCAAUAUAAGCGUGACAAUCCACCUCAGUAUUAUCUGGAUGGUUUUCAUCUAACGAGGAACUGGCCACAGUACUACCAUUACACCCCAGAAGAAAUUGCUCCCAUUUGGCAUGAUGGGAUAAAACUCUUGCUUGUGACCUAUGGAACACUUAGAAUCCACUACUACACACCCAAAUUUCAUGGCUGUGUGAUUGGGACGGAGGAUGCACUCAUAACUCCAUACACAACUGACCGGACAGGUUCUGGAGAUGCUGUUGUUGCUGCUGCUAUUAGAAAGUUGACAACCUGUCCUGAGAUGUACGAGGACCAGGAUACAUUGGAGAGGAAUCUGAGAUUCGCUGUUGCUGCUGGAAUCAUUUCACAAUGGACAAUUGGUGCUGUGCGAGGAUUCCCUACUGAGAGUGCUACCCAGAACUUGAAGGAGCAAGUAUAUGUGCCUUCUAUGUGGUGACCAGCAAACUGGUAAAUUUGUGAUGCAAAAAGAAAACAAGAUUCAUGAUACAAAUGCAUUUCAUGAGCGGUGCAACAGAGGUGGUCAAGGAAAACCUUUACCAAUACAACUAACAGGAUAUUCAGGUCUACAGAAAAUGCUUUUAACUCGCGGGAAACAGGUGAUAUCUCAUGCUUCAUCAAAGAAAUCCUUUUCCUAGUGUUAUAGUCACAGAAGCAUUAUUCUAGCAGUUAGUGAGGAUAUAAUUGAUUGAUGUGAAUUUCCCACUUCCUUUUCUCACCCUACCUUGUCAAGGGCAUGGGAUUGGGAAUGCGAUAGUCAGAUUUUUCCUUCCUAUAACUGAAUGUAGAGAUUUGGAUACUCAGGAAACACUAGGAACGCAUUUUUUUUUUCUUUUUCAUUUGCAAGAUUUCGUCCGUCUGUUAGUUAUUUGUGUCUUGAGCCUCUGUUGCAACUUGGCGAUGGUUUCAUUGCUGAAACUUGAAAGGCGCUUUCUCCAGUGCCGUUUGAUCAUUGUGGCCCUAGCAUGAUAUUAGUGUUGUAGCGCUAACAAGCCCAUACCAAAUUACCAAUCAUGCAAUGUUCCGGUGGCUAUGGUGCUUCAACAUGAGUUUCUUGAAAUAUUGUACUAGCAAAUCCCAGCUUUGAGAAC